ACAGAAUUCCCGUUGUUUGUUAAGACGUUAACGCAAGAGAACAGAGUGAAGCAGAAGCUUUAGGGAAAAAAAAAACAAGAAAAAAGAAAGAAAAAUCGAAUGUGAAAGAAACUAUGACAACAAGAGAUAUGGAGAUUGAAGGAGAUCUAGAACUGCUUAUACCAGUCUCCGAGAUUCCCCAGAAUUCUAAGUGUAAAACGUCGACGUCUUCAUCUCCCGUUGCCUCCCCUUCCCACCGUCUUUCUGGAGUCGAGGCAAUAUCAAAAGUAAUACGCAGCUGGACUUCAAAAAAGUUUAUGACAGGAUGUGUCAUUCUUCUUCCAAUAGCAGUCACGUUCUACAUUACGUGGGGUUUUAUUCGUUUUGUGGAUGGUUUCUUCUCUCCGGUCUAUGAUCAUCUGGGUAUCAACAUUUUUGGUCUUGGGUUUGCUACAUCCAUCACUUUUAUAUUCUUAGUUGGCAUUUUCAUGUCGUCAUGGUUAGGAGCCUCUGUUCUUACUCUUGGGGAAUGGUUUAUUAAGAAAAUGCCACUUGUAAGCUAUAUAUAUUCUGCCUCGAAGCAAAUUAGUGCUGCAAUAUCUCCAGAUCAGACUACUAAUGCCUUCAAAGAAGUGGCCAUUAUAAGACAUCCUCGUAUUGGGGAAUAUGCAUUUGGAUUUAUAACUUCCACAGUAAUUCUUCAGAAGAAUAUGGGUGAAGAAGAACUCUGCUGUGUCUAUGUCCCCACCAAUCACCUAUAUGUUGGAGAUAUUUUUCUCAUAAGUACAAAGGAUAUUAUCAGGCCUAAUUUGUCUGUUCGAGAAGGGAUUGAAAUCAUUAUCUCCGGUGGCAUGUCAGUGCCUCAAAUAAUGACCACAAUGGAUGCACAAACUAUUUCUGCAGAACCACUUUGCAAGUACCCUUCAUCAAAAGUAUAAUUGUGGGAGCUUUUCUGAUGUACCUAAGGAAGUAUAACUUUGGGCCUCACAUGAACGAGGUUUCAUUCAUUGUUUUUUGUUGAGAAAUAACUCACAACCAUUAUGUCUUUUGUGUCGUGCACCCACAUGCCCAAUGUGUUUGAUACUUUGAUUUAAUGUUAGUCUGUUCCAUCACAAAAGAGCACCAAUGAAGCAGAGUUCUGUGAAGAAACUAGAUUGAAAACUGAUAGACUAAGACCUGUAAUUAAGAAAUAGAUAUGAAACCAUAAGUGGAGGACAUCUAAAGAGAGAGACAGAGGUGAAAAGGAAUUGAAUGGAGGCUGAAGUUCUUUGGGCUUAUUUUGGAUUCUUCACCUUCUUCCUAUUUGAUUGUGAAAUGUAAAUAUAUUGCUUUUUUUUUUUGAAAAUUUACUAUUUAGUUCAUGAC